AUGAUGCUCAGCCGUAGCUCCUUGCCCCUCCUUGCCCUCCUCGUGGCCUGUGGCCUUGCCUCCCCACUUGUGGAACGGGACUGUGCCUUUUCAGCCUAUGCAGAUGACGGAGAUACCUGCGCCUCUCUGGCAGCUGCUUGGGGCAUCACCGAAGCCCAGUUCAAGAGCUACAACCCCAAUGUCAAGGACUGUUCCGCCCUCAAGUCCGGCUCGUUAUACUGCGUUGAGUGGACGGGCCCUCUGCCGGGCCAGUCCUCAACAACAACGCGGGUGAGCUCGACGACCACCUCAAAGGCGGCGAGCACCACGUCCAAUAACGUUCCAUUUCCAACCCAGCCUGGGGCGACGUCCAAGUGCACAAAGUGGGUGCAGCAGACGGGGAACCAAUAUUGUGCCGACAUAGCCGCUGCCAACGGCGUAUCUCUUUCUGACUUUCUCGCGUGGAAUAAUAUCAAAGCCGACUGUUCCAACUUGAUUGGCGGUGACUACGAGUGUGUCGCCGUCAGCGGUGGUGCCUCCACCACCACAAGCUCUAGCAAGUUCCCGUCGCCGACUCAGCCUGGGGCGACUUCGAAUUGCACAAAGUGGGUUCAGCAAUCGGGCGACAACUACUGCGCCGACAUUGCGGCUGCCAACGGAGUGGCUCUUUCAGACUUUCUCGCGUGGAAUAACAUCAAAGCCGACUGCUCCAACCUCAUUGCCGGUGACUACGAGUGCGUGGCAGUACGCGGCACCACCACCACGUCCAAGAAGCCGACGUCGACGACCAGCAGCCUCCCAGGCUAUGGGACGGAGCCCGGGACCAUCUCUACCUGCAAGAAAUUCCACUUGAUCACGUCGAGCGACUCUUGCGUCACCAUCGAGAAGCAAUACGGCAUAACCGAUGCGCAGUUCCGCAAGUGGAACACCGAGAUUACUGACACGUGCAACAAUUUAUGGCUGAAUUAUGAUGUGUGCGUCGGCGCCUGA